AUGGUGCAUGUCCCACCUAGCGCUGGCACUUCCCCGGGACGAGACGGCGCAAAUGGAGCCCCUCGUGUCGUUUCAACUUCGAGCAGUUGCUGGGAGGCCGCAUUUAAUGCCGGUCGACUCGCAUCUGUGAAAGGGACCUGGAAUGGCAAGGUGGUGAGUAAGCGGAAGCUCGAGAAGCAGGCGAGCUCGGCCAGCUGCCACCCUGAUAGCGGAGAACCUCAGUCUAUAGGAAAUCACGGAGAAUCUACUAAGCUGAUGGAUUCUCCCAGUUGCAAAAGCCAGUCUUCAAAGCUGACAGAGUUAGGUGACGGCCAACGCCGGAUGCACCGGCGAGACAUGCCAAUAUUACCAAAGAGGCAUAAAGACCUCCACAGCCAUCCACUAGGUGACAUAUUCCGUGAGGCAGAAAAGGCUCAUCUGGAAAGCCAUAAAGAAAUGUGCUCGUCGCGUGAGGUUCAGAGAGAAGAAGCCGCAGGCAAGGAACUCCUGGACUGCAUGUGGGUUUACGUGUACAAAUUCGACAAGCACGGCUGGUUCACCAAGUGCAAGGCCCGGCUCGUUGUACGAGGCGAUCAACAGGCCAAGUCGACACACGAGGAUACCUAUGCAUCCACACUGGCCGGCCGAUCUUUCCGAACACUCGUGGCUAUAGCUGCUCGUUUUGAUCUAGAACUUCUCCAGUAUGAUGUUGUUAACGCUUUUGUCAAUGCUGAACUGAAGCAGGACGUCUACAUGCGGAUGCCUGGAGGCUACCGAAAGCCUGGUCUGAUUCUCAAGCUUCAGAAAGCACUAUACGGCUUGCGCCAGUCACCACUACUCUGGCAGAAAGAACUAACCACCACUCUUACGAACCUUGGGUUCAAGCCUGUACCCCACGAGCCAUGCUGUCUCUCGAAAGAAGGAAUACUGAUAUUCUUCUACGUGGACGAUCUCAUUGUUGCCUACGACAAGAUCAAUCAAGGAGCGGUUGAACGGACGGUGGGCAAGCUUCAAGAGAAAUACGAACUCUCUGGUGGGGAUACUCUACAGUGGUUCCUGGGAAUCGAGAUCAUUCGCGACCGAAGCCAACGGUUGAUUUGGCUUUCACAAUCGUCAUUCGUGGAUAAGAUUACCAACCAUUUCAGACUUCAAGGGGGAAAGCCUUCCCUAACUCCAAUGACCACGAAAGAACUUUUUCCGAACGGCGAGCGCGCAUCAGCAGCGUCAAUACAACUGUAUCAACGCAAGACCGGAUCAGUGCUCUACCUAGUAGUAAUCACUCGACCCGAUAUUGCCCUUGCUGUUUCUCGACUUUGCCGAUUCAACAUGAACCCGAGUGACGACCACCAUGAGGCUGUGGACCACCUAUUCCGGUAUCUGCAGAACACCAGAGCACUCGCACUACAACUCGGUGGAACGGACACCUUUGAUGUAUACAGUGACGCUUCUUUUGCCGACAACAGCCUCGAUCGGAAGAGCUCACAAGCCUACGUGAUGAGACUAUUUGGAGGGACUAUUGGAUGGCGUGCCAACAAGCAGGAUACCGUGACUACCUCUACAACAGAGGCGGAGUUACUGGCACUUGCGCAGGCUGCAAAAGAGUCCAUGUUCAUUUCCAGAUUGAUCACUGAGCUCGGUGUGACUCUCGACAACACAAGCAUCACUAUUCAGUGCGACAACAUGCAAACUAUUCGGCUGAUCAAUGCCGAUGUAGCCCUACUGCAGACCAAACUUCGGCACGUCGAUAUCCAUAACCACUGGCUGCGCCAGGAAGCACUCGCUAACCGGAUUUCGGUCCGGCAUACACCCACGACUGAGAUGAUUGCGGACGGUCUUACAAAGGCAUUGUCCGUUCAACAGUUCCAGAAGUUUGUUACACAGGUUGGCCUAGUGGAUAUUAAUGAUAGAAUCCAGGAGAGGAGGUUCAAAGAGCUUACUGCGGAGGAUUUCAUCAGAGCCGGGGAACGGCUGUAG